AUGGCGCGUGUCCCCGCCCAUCGGAGCCCUCAGCCAAUCACCGCGCUCGGCGCCGCGCUUGGCCCCGCCCAUUCCCGGCCCCGCGCGCUCCGGGCUCGCGGCCGCUGCCGGAAGUGGCGGUCGCCGGGGCUGUCCCCAGGUGCCACCAUGGGGGACGCGGCGGGGGUGGCCUUGUCACACGCGCUGCUCUGUGUCACCAGCCUGGGCUGCGCCCUGCGGGCCACGCAGGUGACACCGGGCCCGGCCGCCGGGUUCCUGCUGCAGGCGCUGGUGGCGGCGGCGGACGCGCUGUCCCCUCACUGUCCCCUCAGUGUCCCCGUGCUGUCCCCCGGCUGUCCCCACGACGUCCCCUCGCUGUCCCCUGGCUGUCCCCACGCUGUCCCCUCGCUGUCCCCUCCGCGCUCGUGGCUCUGCUCGGUGCUGUCCCAGCCCUUGGUGGCCUUCGGGUGCCACCGCCUGAGCGGUGACAGUGCCACCGCCGCUGUCGCGCUGGCGGCGGGCACGGCGGUGGCCGCGCUGGCCGCGGGCUGGCCGCGCUUCGUCGCCGCGGGCCACUUUGUCGCCGCGGGUCACUUUGUCACCGCGCUGACGGCCGGCUCGCUGCUGGCGCUGGCCGCGCUCACCGCCAGCGUCACCGGGGCGGUGGCGGCGGCGCUGGUGGCACUUGGGGACACGGCGGUGGCACCCUGGGCUGUCCCCUGGGUGAGGGCGGCGGCCAGCGUGGCGCUGCUGGGGACACUGCGGGAGCAGCGGGUGGCGCUGGGGGACACCGGGGUGGUGGCGCUGGGGGACACUGAGUGACACUGGGGUGACACUGUCAGACACCAUUAA